AUGGAUCCAGAGAUUAUAGACCCAAAGACAAAACUAACAAGUGCCGAACAGAGAUCGAUCUACAAAAAUUACACGAAACACCUGAAUUCAUUGAGCAUAGACCAAGAUCUACCACAAUUCACUAGAGAUCACGCAAAAAAGUUGUUGAAAGAACUAUCUGAUUCAAUAGUAGAACGUGAAAAACGUCACGUCAUUAAGGAAUAUGAUUACAAGAUACUUGAGCAAGUUCGAAGCAAACAUGUCUCAAUUGGUGAUGCUGACGUUGCUAAAGUGCAACGAGAAAAUGAGUUUAGGUCAGAUUAUGAAUCAAUGUACUCGCCAUCUUCAUCUGAAAUAGAAAAAUUAUCUUCGCUAGCAAUUGAUUCAGUUUUUAAUGAUAAAAAUGAUGAAAAUGAUGAUAAUGAUGACAAUGAUGAAGAUGAAAAAAUUACAAUUAUAAAGGAUGUUUCUCAAUUAUCUUUAGAUAAUGGGAUCUUGAAGAUGAUUAUUUUAUAG